AUGGAGGUAGAGGAUGAUGACUGGGACUUGACGGCAGAAGAACUCGAUUCUCUUGAACGCGAUCCUUUCCAGAAAAUUGCUCAACUUCGCGACUCUUCUACCCCUCCUUCUCAACAAUUCAAUCUGCAACAACACCAUUUUCUAAAACCACCUUCUGCCAACCAUUCCCAACCCUUCCCACCAAACCCCAUUUCCGAUUCCCAUCCUCAAAGGGUAAAGUUUUCAUCUUUUCUUCAUUUCAUGUUGUUUCCCAUUUUGUAUUCUUCAUGGGGUUUAUCUAGCUUUGCUUUCCUUUUUGCUCUUGUUGGGUUAAAUUUGUCUUUUGUUUUUGGAAGGAGAACUACUCAUAGUGUGUUUGUAUUGCAAUCCAGGUGGACGCUUUGCCUCAAGGAGCUAGAGCAUUACCCCCCCUCAUUGAAACCAGGGACAAAAAAGGAUGAGCCUUCUAAAGAACUGCCGAAGUUUUUUGUCAAACUUUUUCUUCAUUCCAGUGGGCAUGUUGCAGCGAAAUUCCAAUAUGACCAGGCCAUGUUUCAUGGCAGGUUAUGGAUGUUCCCACUUUCUUCCUUGUCAGAAGCAGAGAAGGUUCUAGGAGAAAUAUCUAAUUAUAAAGUUCAGUUGGAGGUGGUAAAAGGCAAAAUUAAGUCUUCCAAAUCAAAAGAUGAGUCUGAAUCUCUUAAAUUUACUCAAAAUAAUCUGAUUAACAAGAUAUAUACUAAUUCUGCAGAUGCCAAGAUUCCUGCUGUUCUUGAAUAUCUCGGAACUGUCAUUGAGGCAGGUUGCAAGUUUCUUAUAUUUGCGCACCAUCAGCCAAUGAUAAAUGCAAUACAUGAGUGCCUUCUUAAGAAAAAAGUGGGUUGCUUCUGGAUUGAUGGAGGUACACCCGGUGUGCAUCAAGGCAACAAUUGGUUACAGAUUUCCAGGAAAAGGAUCAUAUAUAUCAAGGCGGCUGUGGUAUGGUGGUAUUUUCCGUUGUGCAUUUCUUCGAUGUGUUUCCGUUAUAAGCAUCUUUUCUGUUGUAUUGUUAUCUUUGUUUUGUAGAACAAUCCUGGACUCCAGGUGACCUAAUUCAGGUCGAAAAUCGUGCUCAUAGAAUUGACCAGGUCUCAUCAGUAAAUAUAUACUAAUUGUUGGCAAAUGAUACGGGUGGAGAUAAGUUUACAUGCAGAAGUUUCCCUAUAGUAUUAACCACAUGUGCUUACAUGGGGAAUUACACCUUUGAUGACACAAAUGCCUUUCAAAGCUGAAAUCCAUUGUACAAUAAAUAAUAGAUUUCGAGUAGAACUCACUACACUAAACUAUGUUGCUUGUGCUGGAGAUAAUGGUUUGGUUAUGUGAAAUAUGUAUUGGAAGAAAAUGUUGAUAAAGUCACCCAUUAGAUUUUAGGUUUCCACUUCUUGUUCUUAACUUUUUGCUCCCCUAUGUUUUGUUUUAGUUUGGGGCUCUGUACAGAGUACUACAUUAUUAUCAUAUAUGAAUGAGACUUGUAAAUUUCUUUACUCCAUAUUUUGUAGAAAUGAUCGUCU